GUGGAGAAGAUGAGGGGUACAAUGAAGGAAAGGAGGGUGAGAAAGAUGGCGGGGUGCAGUUGGGUGGAGGUGGCAGGGAGGGGAGUACAUGAGUUUGUUACUGGAGAUAGAAGGCACCCAGAGAUGGAUAGGAUUUAUGAGGUUUUGCAGGGGUUUGGUUGUUUGGGUUGAGGAGCAUGGGAGGAGGUGAUGGUGACGUUGGAAGCUGUUAAGAGGUGCCUGUGAACUCGUAAAAUGCUAAUUUUUGUCCAAAAGGGUUUUGCUGCCUUCAAUGUCGGUCAAGGACGUCAGUUUUCGCUUGUCCUGGCAAACGGGACAGGUUCGGGUUGAACACUUUGGCCUGUUGGUGACAAAAUUCAUUAGUGCGCAUGAGCCCAGCAUUGCCUGCUUGACCUUGACAAUGGAUGGUCUUCUUCUUGCAACUGCAAGUGUGAAAGGGACUUUAAUUAGGAUAUUUAACACUAUGGAUGGAACACGUCUUCUAGAGGUGCACAGAGGAGUGGACAAAGCUGAAAUCUAUAGCAUUUCUCUCUGUCCAACUGUCCAGUGGUUGGCAGCUUCAAGUGAUAAAGGCACCGUACACCUGCUCUGUCUUAGAGUCCGGGUUUCAGGGGAGGGUGCAUCCGCCCAGACUACAUCUGGUCAAGCUCCAGGUGUACUGCCAAAGUACUUUAGUUCGGAGUGGUCCUUUGCUCAAUUUCACUUACCAGAAGUUUCUCGAUAUAUUGUUGCAUUUGGAAGUCAAAAUACUGUUAUGGUUGUCGGCAUGGAUGGCAGCAUUAUGUGCUUGAUCUUGACCAUGGAUAGCCUUCUUCCGUCGAGUGCAAGUGCGAAAAGGACUUUAAUUAGGAUAUUUAACACUUUGAAUGGAACACACCCUCAAGAGCUCGGUGACGGAAAUCAUAAACAAAAUUAUGGUGUUAACAAGGAUGAUAAGGAGGAAGACGAUAAUGUUGACGACAUUAUUUAUAACUAGUAAGUAUAUUUGCUGUGUAUUUUUGUGCCAAUAAAUAUAAUAUGAGAAUUUGUAU